CCGAGAAAGCUGGCGCCGGUCGCGAAUGACAUCAAACUCUUUGCCGACCCGAAGAAUAGCCCGUUGGCAGGCCUAACCUCACCUCGUUCUGCCCCGACUCGCAUCGCCGUUUUGUCUUGGACUUUACGCUGCUGUCUCUUUCUCGGUUGAACAUUAGAGACAAGGCUGGGGUCCAGCACCACCAGCGUCAUUGCAAUUAUUGUUGUCGAGGUUGCCAGGUCCCGUCGCAGAAAAAAUCGCCGUAAAAAAGACACCGCAGUCGACCACUUCAUACCUACUACCGCUGCCGCCACCACCACCACCACACACCCAGUUGCACCAACAGCCAAGAACACCCAGUGCAGAGCUACCUACUUACCCUGCCCUUGCUUUCCUCGACUGACUGACUGCAACUUCCCCACGCAUUUUGCUCCUGCCUGUCGGCGCGCACCACGAGCCUUGCCGCUCCUGCCUCGUGUGGUUGCGCCCAUGGUUCUUCUUUCCACUUGAGCCAGUCCUCGUUCUUUCCUUCUUUGUUUUUCUUCCCUAGGUAUCCAAAUCUGCAACCAGUUCAGCGAUUUGAGCCAAGGCCACGAGACACUCCCCGACAUCUCCGCGCUCCUCCCCCCGGCCGAAGUCGAUCCGACGUCGCAUCCGCAAACCUUCAUGAGGCUAUCACCGAACGCACCACCGCGACUCGUCCAUCUCGCCCGGGAACCAUGACCUCCAUCCCGAGGCCUGAGCUGCAUGCUCUGGUCAAGCUGGUAAACAGCAACCAGCUGCUCAACCGCCAGCUUUCCAGCAUCUGUCAGCUGAACGGUCUCACUAGCAGUGGCGUCAAGGCGUCGCUGCAAGGCCGCAUCGUCAAUGCGAUCCAAGAGGCCUUUAACAACAACGACGUGACUCGCUUUCAACAAAUCCAACGCAGCAUCGAGACCGCAAGAACCGGCGCCUCCUCUUCGCCCGCUUCCCACAAACAAGGCCGCCCUGCCGCAGCAACUACCCCCGUGCCCAUGUUGCGUCAAGAUCAACAAUACUGGGGGAACUCGCGCACCGCUCGCCCCAGCGGUUCGAACGGCCUUGCCCUGCCCAGUCACGGAUCGGGUGGACCGUCCUUCAGCAACAGCCCAUUCUACGAGAUCCAGUUUCGCGUCGGUAAUGUUCGGCCUUGCGAGGCAAUGACCCAGCACAGAAACAUGGUCUCUAUCCCGGUCCGAACCAGCGAGAACCCGGGAGUCGACAAGGUUCUCGAGGACAAGUCAUUACGCAUUAUGGUGUUCUGCGCUCAGAACGACAGCGGCACCCAAGACAUCUCUUUCCCCCACCAGUCGGAAAUCAAGGUCAAUGGCACUGAGGUCAAGGCUAACCUCAGAGGCUUGAAGAACAAGCCAGGAUCGACAAGGCCAGUCGACGUCACAAGCUACCUGCGUCUGAAAAACGACUAUCGGAAUUUCGUUGAGUUCACUUAUGCGCUGACUCAAAAGAAAUUCUUUCUCGUUCUAUACGCUUGCAAGAUCACGUCGGCUCAGGAACUGGCCGAAAAGAUCAAGGUGGGAAAGAAGAUCCCAAAGCACAAGGUCAUUGAAGAGAUCAGUAGAAAGGCGGCGGAUACGGAUAUUGUCACCACAUCGCAAGUCCUGUCAUUGAAAUGCCCUCUUUCCUAUAUGCGUCUCGAUGUCCCGUGCCGCUCAGUCAAUUGCUCGCACAUUCAAUGCUUCGACGCAACGUCAUACCUUCAGCUACAGGAACAAGGUCCCCAGUGGCUCUGCCCCAUUUGCAACAAGUCUGCGCCAUAUGAGCAGCUGGCUGUUGACGAAUAUGUCCGAGACAUCUUGGCAAACACCUCCAAAUCUCUGGACCAGGUUACGAUCGAGCCUGACGGACAGUGGCGCGUGAAUUUGGCGCAAGACGAUGGAAAGCCCACCAAUGGCGGAAGCGGCCUGGUCGAUGAUGACGAUGAAGAUGAUUGGGGUAUUGUCGAGGUCAAUCCUAUUCGCAGCCGCAACUUCGAAACGCCCAACCGCUCAGUGGCCAGCACGGCCACUCCCACCACAACAAUCAUGUCACGUGAAAGCUCAGCAAUGCCGAGGGGUGUGGGCACGACCAGUGGCAAGCGUCUUCAUUCGGACAGGGUGACAAUAGACCUGACCCUAUCUGACGACGACGAACCCGUUGCGCCGCCCCCAAAGCGCCAACAAUUACAAGGGCCAGGGUCAUAUACCAACGGCUACGGUAGUGGAUUGCCGUAUUGAGAGGUCUUCCUUAUUCCCUCAAUCUUGUUUAUGGGAUAAGGAGGGAUCGCUGAGGUCAGUCAUCUCAUCGCGUACAUAAAUCCCUCGAAGGCGGAUAUGUGGCUCAUGUAUGCACUUUUCCCCCUCUUUUUUUUCAGUUUGGCGUGGGAAGGGACGGAUGGAUAGCUGUUCGGGCGUUUAGGAGGCAAAACAUAUCCCAAUAUCCUUGACGGCCGAGUGUUACAUGGCAUGGAAAGAGGGCGAUAGUCAGCCCUAGAGCAGAAGUCCGCUUAGAUAGCGGAGGCCCUAUGAGGCAAUGGCGAAGCUAUAGGGGCAGCGGUCCCUCUACCAGGGAGUCAUGAUUGCGGGUAAAUCUUCCGCAAAAUCAAAUACCAUUACUGUG